GGCUGAUAGCAUUUGUUCUGCAAAUCUUGCUUCAGUCGUCGUCAUGGAUGUCGAGCUGUAUGUCUAUGACCUGUCCAAGGGUCUUGCGCGGAUGUAUUCCCUGGCUCUGACAGGAACCCAAAUAGAUGCCAUCUACCACACGUCGCUGGUGCUGAACGGCGUCGAGUAUUACUUUGGCCAAGGCAUCCAGACGGCCAUCCCCGGCAGCACCCAUCAUGGCCAGCCCAUGGAGAAGUUGCAUCUGGGCAAGACCGAGUUGCCCAUGGAUGUGAUCGAAGAGUACAUCCAGUCCCUGGCGGAGAUCUACACCCCUGAGUCUUACGACCUCUUCCUGCACAACUGCAACAACUUCACGCAGGACUUGGCCAUGUUUACGCUUGGCAAAGGGAUCCCCGAGCACAUUCAAAACCUGCCGCAGACCUUCCUGAGCACCCCCUUCGGUCAAAUGAUGAAGCCCCAGAUCGAAAUGGCCCUGCGUGGUGUAACCCAAGGCCCUGCCACCAGCGCACCAACCGCCCCUGCACAACCUGCGCAACCUGCCCCGGUUACUCAAGGCGCGGUGCGAAUCGCAAGCAACCUCGCCCAGCUCGAACAAUCCCUCGCUGCCGCGUCCGACUCAUGCGCCGUCAUCUUCUUCACCUCGGCCACCUGCCCGCCCUGCAAAAUGGUCUACCCUACGUACGACGAACUCGCCCAAGAGGCCGGCGCCAAAGCCGUCCUCAUCAAAGUCGACAUCAGCACCGCCAUGGACGUUAGCAUGAAAUUCAGCGUCCGGGCCACCCCAACGUUCAUGACCUUUCUCAAGGGCCAGAAGCUUGACGAAUGGACCGGCGCCAAUCCAUCCCAACUCCGCGGCAACGUCCGUUUGCUCCUCGAGAUGGCCCAUCCUCCCCAUCGCCACCAACAACUCCGUCUGCCCAGUCUUCAACGUCCGAUCACCAAUUAUGUCACGUACAAGAAGGUCCCUCCUCUCGACAAGCUCGUCCAGAAACUACACCCUCACCACGAAGAUCCAGCCCUCCUCGCCAUCAUUGCCUUCUUGAACCAACGCACCUCCGCCCCAGCAGCAGAUAUUCCUUUACCCGACAGCCUCCCUUCUUUUGCCAAGUAUCUCCAAACCACCUCGCGUUCCCUUCCCUUGGAGAACCAAUUUGCCUUGGUCGAUCUGACCCGACUCCUCUUCCUUGACCCCCGGGUAUCCGGCUACUUCGCCGAGGAGUCUAAUCAUGAGACCCUUCUCACCAUUCUAGCUCCAUCCAACUCCCUCUCCACCUGUCCCUACAACCUCCGCAUCGUGAUGCUCCAGCUCUGCUGCACCCUCUUCACAACCCCGCUCUACCGAGACCAACUCACCUCCUCAUCUCCACCCUCCCAUUCUGCCAAGACACUUCUCCAAACGCUCCUCCAUCUAACUACCUCCUCCCUCCUCGACUCGCACACCAACCUCCGUGUCGUCGCCGCCUCUUUGGCCUACAACCUCUCCGCGCACAACCACAACGCCCGUUUCGCCGGCCACCGCGACCCCCUCACCGAAGAAGACCAGGUCGAACUGACCGCGUCGCUCGUCGAAGCCAUCACCCAGGAAGAAGAGUCUCAGGAAGCCCUACACGGCCUGCUCUUCGCACUGGGGCUUCUCAUCUACGAGUCUGCCCCGGACAGCGCGGUGGUAGAUCUAUGCAACGCCAUGGGGAUCGCAGAGACGGUUGUAGCCAAGAAGAACGUGGAAGCUGUAUCCAAGGAGACGUUGAUCCGGGAGAUUGGAGAGGAAUUGUUAAUGAAGGGGUUGUAGAUGACCUUACCUCCACUCCACUCAACUCACAUCUUAUACAUGGUUAUAUGAUUACAUAGAUAGAUUUGAUUGCAGAUGUACUAAUCUAGCCUUAACUCACCUUCUAACCCAGGACUUG